AUGCAGGACGGUGUUCAUGUCUCAGAAGGCUCCCUCGUUUCAGUGGAAGCGAAGGAUGAGACUCCUGAAAGGCGAACACUGCAGAAGAAGCCUUCGAAGCUGAAGACAGAGUUGGCGUUGCACUCGCUGGGCGGUGCAGCGGCGCGGGUCACGAGCAAGGCAGGAAUUCUGAUUGCGACCAUGUUCGCUGGAGACUCUGACUCUGACUCCGAGGAUGAGAACGGUUUGCCAAAGCCCAAGCGGAUUGGCCGACUCCGAGCGGGAAGAGACUACAUCAUCGGAAUUCUGCAAAAGUAUUCGAUACCCCUGGUCUUUGGCGUGUGCUUGGCGAUGGUGUGGAGCAACCUAGAUGAAGAGAGCUACCUGCAGAUGGCUCAUUGGACGCCCAUUGCAGGUUCCUUGGAUCAGCCCAUGUGUCUGCCGGACGACCUCAACCGUACAGUGGAGUCCAACCACUCGGAGGAUCACCACCGGCGGCUCGGAGGGGGUGCAGGUGGGGAUGACUUUCUACCCAGCGAUUACAAUGCCAAGUGCUCCUUGGAAGCCGUUCUCAAGGGUUGGGGUAUCCCUACAGCGCCCGGUGCUCAGGACGGAUAUUUCCUUGGCCUGGAUGUUUGCCAUUUUGAUCUUCGGUUGCUGUUGGCGAUCUUGGACGAUGCACUGGGGAUGAUCAUCAUUGCGGCCUACAUUGUCCUGGCGGCGCCACUCUCUUGGAUAGGGCUAUUCAAAGCUCACGUUCAUCCAGCUUUGGCGCUGGUUUUCAUCGUGCCCUUCAUGCCGGCCACACACGCGAUUGCACCACAGGGUCCAAGAGACCUAGGACUUGAUGACGGCCACCCACUCACGGCGGAGCUCCACGUCCAGACGAACUUCGGCAUGUUCUUUUUUGGCUUGGUGAAUGCCGGAGUCAAGCAAGAGCCUCAGCGAUUCGCGGCCAUCAUUGGCUCGAUUCCAUCGGUGGAGUCACAGCAUGUGUCGGCCUGGCGCACCUGGGCCGAACGGGUGGUGGAUGAGACGAAGCGAGCUGAAGGGAUGGAAAGGGAAUGGCUAGUGGUCGGAAAGACCGUGGGCAUUGCAGGGAUGAGCCUUCUGGGCCACUGCAUAGGAGCCCCUUUGCCAAAGGGGCUGAGUGUGCCUGAUUUGGUGGCAACUGCCCUUGGCGGUGUAGGUCUCACAGUGGCGUUGUUCGUGGCCAACGAGGCUUUUGUCCAGCCUGAGAUGCGGGGACAGGCCAAGAUGGGAGCUGUUUUGUCGAUUUCAUGUGGCCUCCUGGCCUUUGUCAUCCAGCGUGCCUUUGCCAAAGGCAAGUCUGACGCGGAAGGCGAGGACGAGGAGGAGAACGGAGUGACUUCAACCAUAGGUCUUUUUGCAGUGGACCAGGGGCCACUGGUGGGCUUUAGGUCCAAGAGCCACCUGGAGGAGACUCUGGACAUUGAGCUUCAGCCGGAAGUUCAAGUGGCCUGGCUGCCAGUUCUCAACGCGUUUGUGAAGCUCCAAGUGUUUGGCAUUGCCACAGUCCGACGACUCUUGGAAUCGAAGAUCGAUCCCAACGAGUCCUGCGAGCCGCAUGGAUCUACCGCGGUGCACCAGGCAGCCACCGGUGGCAGUGGUGAGGUUCUACGCCUGUUGUAUGACUUCGGAGCUGACCUGACUGCAAGAGAUGGCCGCAUGCUGACUGCAGCGCACUUGGCUGCGGAUGCUGGACACGUGGAGGUUCUGCGCUUGCUGGACGAACUGGAAAGACGGCGCUGCACCGCGCGGCUGCUGCUGGCCACGUUGCCGUCUUGGAGUUUUUUCAGGGCUUGGGCAUCGACUUGCUGGCACCUGCGGAGAAUGGAAAGACAGCGGUGCACUAUGCAGCCCAAGCUGGACAGAACGCAGUGUUGCGCUUCCUCCCUCCAAGCUGCAGUACAAAGCUUCUGCAUUUGA